AUGUCAACCAAUCUUGCCUCACCCGAUGACCACUCCAUUGUCAUAGCCGGCACACAAAUAAGCAAGUCUCUUCCCAAGGUCAAAAGAUCCAUCAAAAAAAUUCUCGGUAAAACAGUUAAAGUCUCUAUACCACGUGAUAUCAAGGAUAUUAAAGAACACCACUUUGAUAUCUUAGUAGCAGGGAUAGAUACUUCAGUUACAUAUUUGACUGAAGCUAGAGCUAAGAAAGCUGUUAUUUUAUCACCAAUUUGGGCUGCAGAAAUAAUGGAUGAGAAGCAGUGGGUGGAACCAGACCCCGAACUACACUUUGUCGGGAAGACAAAUCAUUCCGUCCCAGAGGAUUUGGAUGAGGAUACCGAUAUGGAUGAACAUGACUCUUCUGGUGGUGAAGAUUCCUCCAGCGAAGGAGAUUCUCCCGGCAAAAGAGGUUCUUCUGGCAAAGGAGACUCUUCAAAUGACAAAGGAGAUUCUUCCGGCAAAGGAGGCUCCUCCAACAAAGGAGGCUCCUCCAACAAAGGAGGCUCCUCCAACAAAGGAGGCUCCUCCAACAAAGGAGGCUCCUCCAACAAAGGAGGCUCCUCCAACAAAGAAGGCUCCUCCAACAAAGGAGGCUCCUCCAACAAAGAAGGCUCCUCCAACAAAGGAGGCUCCUCCAACAAAGAAGGCUCCUCCGGCAAAGGAGGCUCCUCCAACAAAGGAGGUUCUUCAAGUGACAAAGGCUCUUCCGGCAAAGACAAUAGCAAAAGUAAAGGCAAGGAAAUAAAAGCGGAAGAGGAGGACGAGGACGACAACGAAGAUGAGGAGGACGAGGACGACAACGAAGAUGAGGAGGACGAGGACGAGGACGAGGACGAGGAAGAGGACGAGGAGGAUGAUCCUGAAAGGAAUGCCUUUGAAAAAGACCCAGCACGGAAAGCUUGGUAUGAUAAUGUCGCUGGUGGGCCUUGGACUGUCACAGUUGAUAUUCAUCCUGCAGAUGAAUUGAGCGGAACCAAAUCGCCACGAAUAAACUAUGAAAUGUGUAUUGAAGGUAUCUAUAGGAGUUGGUUUGUCGUAACCGAUCCAAUGACUCCAAUUUUUGUCGAACUGCCGCAGCUGCGAGAUUCAUAUCUAAUUCCGUGGAAGGACCACUUGGGCCUGAUGGAUCGUUAUACGACUUCGAAUGGCCAUCAAUUGGCCAGGCGCGCAGAAAAAGCACUUAAACAAUGCUCAAUAAUGCAGGAGUUUAAUUUCUGGUCAAUUGCAUUCAAUGGUAAUGUUUGUAUGAUUGUUGGGAAAUUACCAGAUGAUAAAGAGCCAGGAGUCUGGUCGCGCUCCGAAUUCAAAAAAAUAUUCGGCAGAGACGCGGAUAAAAUGUUCAAUGCUAUACGUGAAGAGAUGGGUCAUCCCUGGAUUGAGUCCAAGAGGAGGAAGCGUGUUGCCGAUGUUGAGAGUUUUAAAAUGAAGCUGAGAAAUAGGGGGGCAACAGUAGAAGUGGAUUUAAAGCGGGAGAUAAAAGCACAUCGUAUGUAA